CGCUUGCUACCUAACUUUCCAUUCGCCUCAACGCGAUGAGGCUGGCGGGUGCGGUUUUGGGUCGUCUGGCGACAAUGUGCAUCAUGGCGCUGGGAACAGGAAGUUCCGCACUAUCCGCGUCAUCCUGAAAUUUCAAUGCGAACCUAGCACGAUUAGCCAUGUUCAGCAAACUGUCGGGCUUCGUCCGUCAGCACAAGAAAAAGAUAUUGUUCGGUGGCGGCUUCAUCGCGGGAGCGUAUCUUCUCAAUCAUUUCCUUCGGCGUAAGUUGGAUGAGUGGCACAACCAGCAAACGCAGAGCUAUCUCGAUCACUUGAAGCACCAACAUCACUUCGAAGGUAUUUUGCAAACCUCAGACAGCACAAUACUUUCGCUGCUACCAAAAAUACGUGAACCACUGCUUCAGAUUCUGGAAACAGAGUCGCUUCUUGAAAAGUUGAAAGCUCGCCCACAUAACCGCCUCGAGAUAUGGGAAGAGAUGAAAGCUCGAAUUUUGGCAUUUGCCGUCUGCAGCGUGUAUGCCGAAAGUUUGUUAGCGACACUCCUACGGGUCCAGCUUGGAGUCAUCGGUGGUUACGUUUACGUGAACACCCAACGACAGGCGCAAGAUACCGGGGGAGCGCUGCCGGCUCUCACAAACCAGGAAACCCACCAGCUUUACUUGUCACUCGUACAGUAUUUCUUCGACAGCGGCAUUGAAGAACUGGUUCGUGUUGUGAAGGUAGCCGUCGUGACAGCGUUUGGACAUGUCAGUCUCAAGGAGCGAGUCAGUACAAAUGACUUCGCGAUAGCUUUCGAUUAUAUCAAGGAACAUCUGGCCCGUGACGGGAAUCCGUUGCCGGGAUUCGUUAGUUUCUUGCUCCCACCGCCCAACGCAGAACACGAAGCCGAAGUCUCACCCGUGCUGCGUAGUAUGGUUUUGGAAACGAGAGAUAUUCUAGAGACGGAAGAUUUCUCGAAGGUGCUCUCCGCUUGCAUAGACAUGGGAUUUAGCAGCCUGCGAUCUGAAGUAGAAACGAGUAUUCGUAUCAUGCAAGACGCAGAAAGUGAGCGCCCCUCAACAAGUUUCCCACUGGCAAGACUGCUACCCGUGCUGAAAAGCUGUAUUGUUGCAGGUCGAAGGGACACAUUUGUGAAGGAAGUUUUACAGAGCGACUUGCUGCAUAGCAUGCUGGCAAAUGUCUACGAAGCGUUUUGUCAAACUGAAAAUGUGGACAGAGUGAAUCACAAUCUUGCACCUUUUUCAUGAUGAACAGAACCUUUGCACACAGGUUAGGGACGGUUUUUAAUGCCAGGAGGAGAAAAGAUUUCCUGGUGUGCCAGCUUUUGGCCCAGAAAAAUGGGCAGUUAGCCUGAAUGCCAUGAUACAUCAAGUGCAACGUGCUUUGUUACUCAGACGCACACAAAUGUUUUGCUGUUCUUAUUUAUUCGUAGUAUUUGUCAUGAGGAUGACCUAGCGGCCUAGAGAAAUGGAAGGUGGCCUUCUGUGACUAACUGGCAGCACUUCACACUUAGCUUGCCCUCAUGUUUGUUAUUGUUUCUCACAAUGGUGAUGGGCUUACAUUAUUGGGAUAUUAUUUUCUGUGAUAUGCCUUAACUGAGAUAUGCGCAGGCACCCUUCAACGUAUCACAUCACCAGAGAAAAAAUAACACAAAGGGACAUAGAAGCGCAUCAUGUUAAAGGUGACAUAAUAUUGAGCAUAUUUAUACUUGUUUCAGAAAAGAAAGAAAAAUACUGAUGAUUACACAGAUAUGUUGUCAGUAGCAAAUGCCACCAUGUUCUGUGGCAUCACAGUAACGCUCAAGUUAGUUUUUCUCUAAAGGAAUAAUUAGGAAGGGUAAUAUAUAUGUACGUUAUCCUUUAGAGUUCUAGAACGGCAGCAAAACAAAUGUCAUGGCAAAGCAGAAAGAUACAGGUCCAACAAGGCACACAUAUACGACGAUUGAUAGGAAUUCGAUUGUUGGAAAUGCAUUUAGUUGUGAUGUACGAUGCAUUAUCAAUCUUUGCUCUGGUUUGUUUUCUUACUGUGGCAUGUCACUCACCUUUGGUGUUCCAGCACUUUCUACUGGUUGAUGAAUAUUAUUGUAAUGGGGGAUUGUGUGUAUCCUGGUGAUGCGUAUUGUUGAGUAUCGUUGUUUUCAUACAUUUUUACCAAUCUAAUAUAUCUAAUAUCUACUUAAGCCACUUUAUGCAAUAUAAAAUGAGGUACAAGUGUUGUGUCAAAGUUCUAACUGUAAAAAUAAUUCCUUUUCUUCACAAAUGCCCAAGGACACGAGAAAUAUGCUGCGAGAGACAGUGCCCCUGAGCAUGCUUGGUCUGUAAGAGUGUCAUAUUUAAGGUCAAUACUACAAGUCUAACUCCAAUGGGCAUGGAAUAUGAAUGUUACCACAACUUACAAGUACAUUUUGUAACUUCAAACAAUAAAAGAUAUGGUGCAUUCA